GCUGCUACAGGAAUCCAGGAGGUCCCAGGAGGCGGUGAUUGGGGCUAUCAGGAGGGCGAAAGCGAUAAGAAAUGGCGCAAAACCUGUCUAGGAGGAUUCCAUAGGAGUCCGAUUGACAUUCGUGCGUCCGACGUUGACUACGCAUUUCUGCCUCGAAUGCAUUUUGUAAAUUACGAUAAUGCUCGUCCUGUUAAUGUCACUAAUAAUGGUAACACAGUUGUUAUUGAUGGCUUUAAAAAUUGGGGUGAUCAGCAGCCGCACUUGAAAGGUGGCGGUUUGAGGCAUCGUUAUGUUCUUCAUCAAAUGCAUUUCCAUUGGGCUCAGAAGGAUCAUGAAGGAUCGGAACACAAAAUUGGCGGACUUUACUACCCUUCAGAGGUACGUGAUCUCGAAGGUAUAUACUUUGAAAUGAUUAUCUAG